GUUGCUAUCCGCACCGCACGCGCCACAAAAGUAGCGUGUUUUAUGUUUAACGGACACUGCAUUCGGAUUUGCAGCACCAAACGCUCACACCUCACCACCUUUGCGAUCGAAACCAAUUUCUCUUUUCUCUCAAUUUUUUACCUUCAAUACUCAGAUCACUCUUUCCUUUUCUGCUUCCAUUUUUCUUUUCAUUUUCCUACAAUUCGCAAUUUGGUGUGUUUCAGCGUCCAUUUCUUUUCAUUCUCCCUGAUCUUUUGAAUUAGUGUGUUACUCAAAGAUGGCUGGCCCCGAUAAGAUUGAAAAUAAGGGCUUUUUCGCUGCCAUGACUUCUGGCUUCUCCAUGUUCAGCAACGCCAUGCAUCGAUCUGUCAACGGGAUGCUGGGAUAUGAAGGGGUAGAAGUUAUAAAUCCAGAGGGCGGUCAAGAUGAUGCAGAAGAGGAAGCUCAGAGAGGAAGAUGGAAACCGGAGGAAAGAGAUGGUUACUGGAAGAUGAUGCAAAAAUAUAUUGGCUCAGAUGUAACAUCAAUGGUAACACUACCGGUUAUUAUUUUUGAACCGAUGACUAUGCUUCAGAAAAUGGCAGAGUUGAUGGAGUACUCCUACCUGUUAGAACUGGCAGAUGAAUGUGAGGACCCAUAUAUGCGGCUGGUGUAUGCAUCAUCAUGGGCUAUAUCUGUGUAUUUUGCGUACCAACGAACCUGGAAGCCUUUUAACCCUAUCCUUGGAGAGACCUAUGAGAUGGUUAACCAUGGUGGAAUCACAUUUUUAGCAGAACAGGUGAGUCACCAUCCCCCAAUGAGUGCUGGGCAUGCUGAGAAUGAGCAUUUUGCAUAUGAUGUGACUUCAAAGUUAAAGACUAAGUUUUUGGGAAAUUCUGUUGAUGUUUACCCUGUUGGAAGAACGCGUGUAACCCUCAAGAGGGAUGGUGUAAUCUUAGAUUUAGUUCCUCCUCCAACCAAGGUUAAUAAUCUGAUAUUUGGCCGAACAUGGAUUGAUUCACCUGGGGAGAUGAUAAUGACAAAUUUGACGACUGGGGAUAAAGUUGUACUAUACUUUCAACCAUGUGGAUGGUUUGGCGCUGGUCGCUAUGAAGUAGAUGGAUAUGUUUAUAAUUCUGCGGAGGAGCCUAAAAUAUUGAUGACGGGGAAGUGGAAUGAGUCUAUGAGUUAUCAACCUUGUGAUUUGGAAGGAGAGCCUCUUCCAGACACAGAAUUGAAAGAGGUUUGGCAUGUUGCUGAUGUUCCACAGAAUGAUAAAUUCCAGUAUACAUAUUUUGCACAUAAAAUAAACAGCUUCGACACAGCCCCUAAAAAAUUGUUGGCGUCAGACUCUCGCUUACGCCCAGAUAGAUAUGCACUUGAGAUGGGCGAUCUAUCCAAAUCUGGGGCAGAAAAGACCAGGUUGCUUACCUUUUCUUUCAUUCACAUUCCACUUGAAAAUAUGGUAGGUAGUGCAUUCUAAGAGCAAGAGAGUAACAGUUUGCGCGCUUAAGGUUGUCUUCUAUAAUUAUUCACGGUAUUUAUUAUCACAAUUCGGGUCAGCUGGAUGAAAUUACUCCUUUUACGAGGAAGGGAAUUGGGUUUCUAGCCAAUCAACAAGAUGGAAGAGAAAUAUGUUGCUUUUAAAUGUUGUUGAUUGUGUUUGUUUACCUUACAGUUUGGAGGAGAGGCAGCGUGCUGAAAAGAGAACUCGAGAGGCCAAAGGGCAUAUCUUCACGCCAAGAUGGUUUGAUUUAACUGAAGAAGUGACAUCAACUCCUUGGGGUGAUUUGGAGAUCUACCAAUACAAUGGUAAAUACACUGAGCAUCGGGCUGCUAUAGAUAACUCAAGCAGCACUGAUCAUGUUGAUAAUAAAGAAAUUGAAUUCAAUCCAUGGCAAUAUGGUAAUUUGACCACAGAAGACUAGUUUCAAUUUGUUUUUGUUUUUGGAUGCUGCAAUUAGUUCAUGUAACUUCUUUUACAUCAAUGUGGAAGAAAUUUGUUUUUUAGCUCGUGAUUGGCUUGUGUACAUUCAGUCAGCAGUUCAUUUUUCCUGUCUUAUGAAUC